UCUCUUCACACGCCAUGGCAGUGCAGCUGCGUGGGCUCACCACAUUCAUUGCGGACAUCCGCAACUGCAAGAGCCAGGAGGAGGAGCAGAAGCGGGUGGAUGCUGAGCUGCACAAGAUCCGGACAAAGUUCCUCAACGCAGGCAAGAAGAAGCUGGACUCGUACUCGCUCAAAAAGUACCUGCUCAAGCUCUGCUUCAUCUCGCAGGCUGGAUACGACAUCGACUUUGGGCACAUUGAGGCGGUCAAUCUGUUGUCUGGGAGCAAGUUCUCGGAGAAGACAGUGGGGUAUCUGUUUGCGGUCAUGGCCAUCGAUCCUGCUGGCGAGCUGGUGCGGCUCAUCAUCAACUCGAUCCGCAACGACCUGCUGACUGCAGGCAAAUCGUCGUCGCAUGACGUGUCGGCGUGCCUGGCGCUGGCGGCGGUGGCAAACAUCGGCGGCAAGGAAAUGGCGGAGGCGCUCGCGCCGGUGGUGCAGGAGCUGCUGUUCUCGCCAGAGACGACGCCGAUGGUGAAGAAGAAGGCGGCGUUGUGCCUGCUGCGGCUGUUCCGGGCGUGGCCGGAGAUGCUGUCUGCGUCGGAGGUUGCGGAGCCGCUGACGCGGCUGCUCGACGCGCGGCACCUCGGGGUGGCGACCGGGGCGCUCUCGCUGCUCACCUCACUUGUCUCGCACGAUCCGGACGGGUACGCCGGGUGUGUGCGGCAGUGCGUCUGGCUGCUGGACAAGCUUGCGCUGCAGGGCGAGGCCAAGCCGGCGUACUACUACUACGACGUGCCUGCGCCGUGGCUGCAGGUCAAACUGCUGCGGCUGCUGCAGUACUAUCCGGCGCCGGAAGACCGCAACAUGCAGGCGCGGCUGGUACAGGUUCUGGGCGCGAUUCUUUCGCGUGUAGAGACAGACGCGCGGCCAAACCACGUGCACGCGGUCCAGGCCGUACUGUUUGAGGCGAUGGACCUUGUGAUCCACCUCGACAUUGCGCCUGAGCUCAUUAUCCAGUGCGCCAACUUGCUGGGCAAGUUUGUGACGUCCAAGGUGACGAACACGCGGUACUUGGGACUUGCCAAGAUGGCGCACCUUGCGGCGGCCAACCACGACGCGAUUGAGCUCAUCCGGCGGCAUCAGAAGACGAUCAUGUCGUCGCUCCGCGAUGCAGACAUCUCGAUCCGGCGGCGGGCGAUGGACCUACUGUUUGCGAUGUGCGACUCGUCCAACUCGGAGGAGAUUGUGACCGAGCUCCUCGACUACCUCGACGAGGCCGAGUUUGAGAUCAAGGACGAGCUUGUGCUCAAGAUUGCCAUUCUGGCGGAAAAGUACGCGCCGCAUCCCAACUGGUACUUUGACACGGUGCUGACGCUGAUCUCGGCCGGGCGCGACCAUGUGUCGGACGACAUCUGGUAUCGUGCGGUGCAGGUGGUGACCAACAACGAGGACAUGCAGCCGUACGCGGCGCAGCGGGUCUUUGACGAGCUCUGCUCGCCGUCGGCGCACGAGGUGGCGGUCAAGAUUGCCGGCUACGUGCUCGGCGAGUAUGGACACUUUAUUGCCGACGCCCCGGGCUCGUCGCCGACGCUCAUGUUCAACCUGCUGCACUCCAAGUUCUCGAUGGUUGGUUCCAAGACCAAGGCCCUACUCCUCACCGCAUACUCCAAGCUCGUCAACCUGUUCCCGGAGCUCAAGCUCGGCGUCGAGGCCGUGCUUGAGCAGCACCGGUCGGCGAUGGACGCCGACAUCCAGCAGCGCGCGUGCGAGUACAUGGUCCUCUCCACCGCCCAGGAGCCGCUGCUCAACGUGGUGUGGGAGGUCAUGCCCGCCUUUCCCGAACGCGAGUCGGCGGUGGUCAUCUACGCCCGCAAGCUCGAGGAGGCCGGUAAGACCGACCGCGGGCCGACCCACGCCGCCGAGGAAGAGGACCUCGACGCGGUGCUCGCACAGGUCGGCGCCGCCGCAGGCGCGGCUGUGCCGGCGGCCACGCCGGCCGCGGCUCCGGUAACCUCGGCGCCGCCGCCGUCGUCGGGCUCGCUGCUCGACUUGAUGUCGGAGCCGACGGCACCGGCACCGGCACCGGCUGCUACCGGCAAGGCGGCAACUGGUGGCGAGCUCGUCAUCGACAACCCAGACUUUGUGGGCGCGCUCAAGUUUGCCAAUGUGGGCAUCCUGUUUGAGGACGCCGACAUCAAGGUCGGGUACAAGGGCGAGUUCAAGAACAACCUCGCGCGGGUCACGCUCUUCUUUAUGAACCUGACCGGGAGCGCAAUGAGCCCGUUUGCGGCGACCGCGCUCGAGCACGAGUCGUUCAACGUGUCGGUGCCCGAAGCGCUGACGAGCGUGCCGGCUGGCGCAUCGCAGGCUGCGCAGAUCUUCCUCGUCGAGACCGCGGGAGUGUUCAGCAAGCCGCUGGUGGUCCAGGUCGCGUACAACGGCGAGAACCUCUUCCUCAUGCUCCCGCUCUUCCCGUCCAAGUUCCUCGCGCCGCUUCCGCUCGAUGGGCCCGGCUUCCUCGGGCAGUGGAAUGCAGUGGCGGCCGAUGCACAGAAGAUGGUGGUCAUGAAGCCGCACGCCGGCGCGGCGGCGUCCCCGGCCGCCGUCAGCGAGGCCCUCACCGCCCUCAACUUUGGCAUCCUUCAGGGUGUCGACCCAUCGCCGACCAACGUCGUCGCCGCCGCCAUGUGGUGCUCGACAGCAGUCAAGGCCGCGGUCCUCGUCCGCGUCGAGGUCGCUGCCCAGCACGGACUCUACCGGCUCACCUUCCGGUGUGGCGAGGCCAAGGUUGCUGGCGAGGUCUGCGGCGCGGUGGCGCGCAAGAUCGGCGUUGUGCAGGCCUAGUGGGAGUAAACAAGCCAACUCAUCCUCA